AUGAAGGUGGUGCUGCUGUGUGUUUGUGUGGUAGGACUCGUGUGCCAAACCUUGGCAGCGAAGUACCAUGAGCGCGUCGGCAUACCGAUGGCGAAGAAGAUUGGACUCCAAGAGUCGAUGCGCAUUGCUGGCGGGCUGGCUUCUUUUAAAGGGGAACAUCCAUACUUUGCUGGACUUAUAAUCACGUUGAAGACCGGAAUAACCUCCAUCUGUGGAGGCACCCUGUUGAGUCACUACCACGUCGUGACCAUCGGCCAGUGCUGGUACGACGGGGAGAAUGAAGGCAGGGCGAUCCAGGUAGUGCUAGGCACAGCGACCCUCUUUACUGGAGGCACGAGGAAGUACGCGGAGAGAGUGAACCUGCACGAAGAGUUUGACCCCUACACCCUCACCAACGAUAUCGCCAUAGUAGAGAUACCCUAUGUUUCUUACAGCAGAUAUAUAGUCCCUAUAGAUCUGCCGGUGGCAUAUUUUAGCUCUCUCGCUGGCUAUAAAGCUGAAAUUAUUGGAUACGGAAAAACAUCUCCUGAUGCUACAUUAGGAGAAAACUCCAGCUUGAAUGAUGUGUAUGUGACGGUGAUGAACAAUACGGAAUGUGGCCAAAUAUAUGGAGACGUGAUAACCAGCGCCAUCAUGUGCACCAGCGGAGCCAACGGGAAGGGAGCGUGCGGGGGCGACUACGGCGGCCCGCUCGUACUGCGCCGGUUCGUCGGGGCGUCAGGGAAUGAUAUGCUGGUGGGGCUGGUAUCGUUCACGUCUGCGGCUGGCUGCGACGCUGGCUACCCCACCGGGUACACUCGCAUCACCUCGUAUGUGCGCUGGAUCAACAAAUUCUUGUAA